UUUCAUCUUCACGGAACACAUCGAUCAACAUGGCGCUGGCAGGAAGUGUCUACAACCUCCUGUUCCGAAGGACCUCCACCUUCACCAUCACCAUCAUGGUGGGAGCUGUGUUGUUCGAGCGACUUUUCGACCAAGGAGGAGAUGCGUUAUUUGAUAAUCUAAAUCGGGGGAAAUUGUGGAGUCAAAUUAAACACAACUACGAGAAGGAAGAGUGACCUGGGAAUGUGGUGUCGUCUCUUAACGGCGUGCCCAGUCAUCACAAUCAGUUCCUAAGGAAAUAAACCAACUCUGAUGGCACCCUUUGCUUCACCAGUUAUGUCUUUGGAGUCAACACAGACUUUGAUAUCCUGGAGUACUGAAAAGCAUCAUCCUUCUCUUUACAACAGUUGUCUGUCAUGCAUUGUAUUCCUCACAUUUUGUAAAUGUGUGCUUAAAUUAAACCUAUGUUAAUGAAUCUGA